CCGGGAUAUUCUACUAGGCCACCCUGGAUAUGUUAACUCAACUUUUUAAAAUUUAAAUUAUUCUACAAUCUUGUAGACUAAUCGUAUUUCCUGUUCAAAAAUGCUUGUUACGACUUUGCUAUUUUUGAGAUAAAGAGCAGUUAAGAAAUCGAUGUAUAAAAUUUGUGUAUGAAAAAUAUGUAUCUUAUUCCACUAACUGUUGGUCAAGAUAUGCAAGUCUUUAAAAAGAAAAAUCAGCAAUACGGCCAGACCGUUCUUUAUGAAUAAAAAAAAAAGAAAAAUCUUAAAAUUAUUUAGCAAUCCAAUUCCCAAGAAUGCUUCUCAUCAUUUGUCCCACAGUGCGCUCCGUAUGCUCUCGCUCACCGGAGCGAACGCACGUAGGAAUUUUGCUCCCAUCCGGAAACCACUCCGGCGAGAGCGACCAGCAGGUUCAACGUCUUCGGCUCGAGAUAAAUUUCUCAGUUUUUUCACGAAAGACUUGCAUGUCGGUGGGAGUUUUGUGCGCGCCCUCGUGUUGCCUUCGAAUUCGGUGCGCGCGGUUUAGUUGCGUACUAAACGUUGCGUUUUUAGGUCUCUAGUGUUGUGCUUAAAAAAAUUGUUUACAUAUCUGGGGCGGAGAGUGUGCUUGAACGAAACAGGUGGUUCAAAUCAAACGAAAUGGUCAAAAGGUUAAAGUGUGCAAAAUUUUUCACAAGUUUUGUUUUUUGAAGUGUAAAAAACCUCUAUAAACAACAUCUCAGAUCAACAAGAUCACGAUCGUAUCGAGUGAGACGUGAGCUGAGGGUGAGCUGAGCUGAGUGAGCCAAUGAGCUGAGCAAGAAGCGCGAAACAAAGUGUAAACAGAGAAGCGUAAAACUCACUGCAAGAACGGCGGUGGAACAAAACAGGGUCCGAACGAGAAAACGGGUUCACGAACGUUAAAAGAAACACGUUCAGACGCUCCAUUCCGUUGUCUGUUGUUUGGCUGCCCGUUGUUAAAAGUGGUCCCGCAGGAUGAUGAUGCGAUUGGUAACGAGAGGAAAGAGAAGACCAUCAUAAAACAUCCCGAAACCCCGGCCGUCUCGGGGAUUGCUGGGCAAGCGAGGGGAAACGCUCGUCGAUCGUGGUUGUCGAGAGUUUUUGGGUGGAAAAUAACUGGGUCCGACUGGAAAGACUCGACGCGUAAAAGCAGCGCGCCAACGACACUAACGAGUCCCUCGUGAAGGUUAGCGGGAUUCGGACUGACCCAUCUUCGUAAAUCGUUUCAGCGCUGAGGGUACGAAACUAGCGGGAACCCCUAACGUUAAGACGGGGUACGCCAUUAUGGAGCUGUUUGGGUGAAUUAUCCGCAGUACGCAGGGAAAUGCAAUUGCCAGUGAAGCAGUGGUCGCUUGAAAAUACGGUGAAAUAUUUGUGGACAUAGUGUAAACAAUUAAAAAUAAACCCCGCGGUGUGAUAAGAGUGCAAACUGAAGCAGCUUCGGCAGGUGUGACGAAGACGAGCGAAAACAAAAGCAAAAUGGUCAAAAUGGCAGUGCUGCCAAGAGUGUGUUUAGUGAUCUCGAGUUAUCUGCUGCUGGCAGCUGCGCCUGCCUUCGGCACCAAUUCUGAUUUCUCCAGCCAAAGGACUUGCGAACCGAUCCGGAUCGAGCUGUGCCGGGGCAUUGGCUACAAUGAAACGUCCCUGCCAAACAUCGUCGGCCAUGAGCUACAGUCGGAUGCAAACUUUACGCUCCAGACGUUCUUUCCACUGAUCCAGUUCGGUUGCAGCAAGCAGCUAAAGUUCUUUCUGUGUGCCACCUACGUGCCGAUGUGUACGCCCAAGGUAUCGAUGCCGAUCGGCCCGUGUCGAAGUCUGUGCAACACGGUGAAGAAUCGGUGUCACCCAAUCCUGCAGGGGUUUGGAUUUCCGUGGCCUUCGGCACUGGACUGCAAUCGGUUCCCGGAGGAGAACAACCACGAGCACAUGUGCAUGCAGGGGCCGGGUGAACCGGCCGAAGGUGAGGUGCUCGUAUCGGAUCGCCCAUCCUGCCAGGGCCUGCAGCGUUCGAACCUGUACGUCCAGCUGAACCGAUCCGGCCGGUGUGCGCCACUGUGCGAGGCGGACAUUAUGUUCGAGCAGAACGAGAAACACUUUGCCGAGGUGUGGCUUACGUCGUGGAGUGUGGCCGCCCUAGGGACGGCGAUCGUGGCUACACUGUGCCUCAUCCUGUCUACCAAGCGGUGGGACAAGAGCCUGAUGCCGCUCGUCAUUAGCCACUGCUUGGUGACGGUCGGGUGGGCCGUGCGGUGGUUGGCUGGACGCAACGCAACGGCCUGCGGUUACGAUCCGCAACUUCCGGGCGUUGCCCUGCUGCUCACGGACGGCCUGUCGACGGCACCGUGUGCGGCCACGUUCCUGUUGCGGUACUACUUCGGCCUGUCGGCAGCUGUUCGGUGGGCGAUCCUGUGUUUGCGUUGGAGUAAAUCCGUUCGCCGACUGUUGGGUACCGAUCUCGGGUCACCCUCCGACAUCCACGCGGAGAAACCCAACUCCUCCCACGACACACUGUUCCAGCUGGCGGCCUGGGGCAUACCGGCGAUCCUCACCGUGAUCGUGCUGGUGGCACGGCUCGUCGACGCAGACGAACUUUUCGGGUCCUGUUUCAUUGGAAACCAAUCCGACAAAGCGCUGCUAACGUUCGUGAUCGUGCCACUCCUAUCGAGCUGGGUCAUCGGUUCCGGCUACCUGUUUACCGCCUACCUCCGGAAGCGUUCGGCCGCACCUCCGCUCGUCCACAACCUUCCCGUCCACAUACACGGUAUGGGCAAGUUCCUGUUUAUCUACACCGUCCCGAGUGCCGCGCUGCUGAUGCUGAUGUUCUACGAGUACGCUUGCCGGGAGAACUGGCUACAUCUGCCACAUCCUUCGCAGGACUCGGUACUAGCGGCACGGGCCCCUCUAUGGCCAUUCCUGCUGCGUGCCUUCAUCGAACUGUUGGUCGGUGUGCUCGCCUCGGCCUGGGCUGUUGGGCCACGGAUCGUCGGGCUUUGCCGUGGUGGUGAUAGAGGUGGCAGUGGAGGUGUCGGCGGUGGUAUGGGUGUUGGUGGACGGGGCGGUGCGGGUAAACUUUCGGCCGGGUCCGUCUACAAGCAACCGGUCGGACCAAAGUUGGGUGGAUUUGCGGGAGCACCGUCCACCUACUCGACCGCCUCGUACCAGACCGUUUGUCCGCAGAACUCGCUCGUGUCGGUAUCGAUCGGGAAGCUACCAUCGGUACGGCACGCACGAAAGUAUCCUUCCCAUUCGCACAUCAACCGGAAGCCGCGCAGUUACAAGAUGUCGACGCAAACGAUCAGCCUAACGGGGAAUGAGACGGUUCUGUGAAGAAAAGUGUCGUCGGGUUGGGAGAUACGGGGAAAAAGCCUUUAAAGCACGCCUUGUCUGGACGGAGAAUCAGCAGGAAGGCGUGUCAAGUUGUGAUAUUAAUGUUUAAUUACUAAAUUAUUAUAAAUGAAAACCAUCACCUCUAAUGAAGCAAAUCCAUGCAGGAGAGGUUUGGUUUGAAGCGAAUAUUUUCUAGGAGAGCGAUUGUAAAAAAGAGAAAACUAUUGGUAAAACGUCGACCAAGGACGAAGAAGACGCUACGAAAAUGCCUUAAGCUACCUACUUCAAUCUACUUAUGGGAAAACAAACUAGCUAGUGUAUAGAGUAGUAUACGGUGAGGACAUGAUCACGCCGUCAGAGUUUUUUUUUGUGGAAUGAGAAAUGCGUGUUGCGUUUUGUUGGUGAUGUCUAUUAUAAAAGGCUGCUGCUUUAUGGCAUUUAUUAUGCACUUGGACCAUCAAUUGUUACUAUGUCUUCAAGGUAAAGAAUGAUUGGAUAAGGUCCGUUGAUAUAAAUUUGGUUUUUUCUGAGGUCAGUUGGAAGUCUGUUCGAUCGACGACUCACCCACAGCUCCAAUAACAUUUUUCACGUGUGCCAUCAUCUGAUAUGCAGUGGCGGUUCAACCUAGGGGCGGAAGGAACGGCUGCUUGAGGCCUCGUCGGUUAGGGGGCCUCGGCAGCGAGAGAAAUCCUGUUGUUUCCUUCUAUCAUCACAAUUAGAGGAAGUUCUAUAGAACUUGGUCCAUUCAGUCCAUGUUCUCUAGAAUAUUUUUUCACUUUUUAAAUGAUGAUGAUCCGUAUAGUGUUCGAAAUUCUGACGUGAAUUCACGCAAAUUCAGUUCAACUUGGCUAGUGAAGUAAGGGAUUAGAAUGUGCUCAAAUUGCGAAGCAAAUUCUCAGAUAAAUCCAUCAAUUUAUUGCUUCCAAAGUAAGCUCUAGAGUUAAUUCAGUCCACUACAUAGUCAACCCUGAGUAAAACCGGAGUAAGAUCCGUUCCUAGUGUCAUCUAGAGUAAUCCCGAGCGAUCAAGUGGUGCAAGGACUUUGGGUACGGUGUCUCUCAAGAUAUCUCAACUUGGUCUUUUGCGACUUGGACCUGAUAUCAGUCAGGGAAGCCUGAUGGACUUGCCAAAGUUGAUAUAAAACUUGAUGCGGUUAUAAUCUAUAUGCCUCACUAUUUCGAGCUUCUUCACUCCAGUAUGUAGACUCAUCUCAGUAUGUGUAUUUAGAGUUCCUCGACUAUUUUAGCCUUGGCUGUUCCAAAUAAAUUUUUAACCAUGGUAUAACUUGUUAUAUGGACAUAGGCCAAUCGGAUCGAUAGUCUUGCGAAUCAACAUAUUUUUAAUGCGUACAUUAAUGCAGUCAAAAGCACGUUCAACAAAAGAGAAAGUAUCUUGACAAACAAUUCGAAAACCCUUUUUUUGGACGUUGUUUGCAUAUCGAUCACACCUUACGAUCACUUAACGGACGGAGUUUUAUAACCUCCGGCCAGGUUUCCGUUGUUGGCUCGCUCAUCCAUCUCACACUUAAAUUGAUCCUUCCCUUAGUUCCUUUGUGCAUUAAAGUCAACAAAAAGUGAACCAAGCACUUUUACGGCCGCGAUCACUCAAGGGUUAAGGCGCUGUUUUUGCAAACGAGCACGAAGAUGCGCAUCGUUUCCAGGCUCCGGCCAAAAUAAUAAUAAAUGCAGUUGGUGCAGUCGCGCAGUCGUUUCUGGUUAAUGGUUCGCCAAAAUAUGAUGCCCUCAGGAAAAGCAGCACGCUGCCGAAGUCACCGCCGCCGCCGCUGCCUGGUCGAAUGCCAAAAUGCAAAACACGUUUUGUGUACGGGUGCGUGCCUUUGUCCGUGUGUGUGUGUCUUGUUUUUCUUUGCUUUUCUUUUGUGCGUGUCGUGGCGCGCCAAGGCAUACAGCAAGUGAAGGCGAUAAUAAUUUAGUGUUUUGUGGCAAUUUUCUCUUCGUCGCGAUUGUGGCGUCAACAUCGUCGAUCAUUCGAUGAUGCUGAUGAUGAUGGUGGGAAACGGGAGGAGGGCUAAGGGGUGUGAGGGUACUUUGCUUUCUGUACCAUGUGCACCAGUAUGUACGUACGCUGAUGGUACGGUUUGCUCACCAAAAAUGCAAUCGAUUUUUGAUUGGAUUUUUUCCCCACUUAUGCUACGUCCGAUCGUUCCGCUUCACCACUCCGGCCUUCUCCCACCCCGAACCGGCGGACCCCCAGGGUGGCAGAUUUAUGCAACCAUAAAUGAGAAUCCAGUUUGUGUGGGGAUGCGUUUCUGGCCGGCGAGCCGUCAGGUAAGAGCAUAAAACGAGAAGCCAUUUGUUUUGGAAGCAAUUCGAUCACCCGAACCAGGUGACGGUAACAUGAUCGUGAAAACUGUUCUUUACGAGGUGCUGAAGUGUGGUGAAGCCGUUAGUCUGUAUUUUCUUCGCCUUUUUUACAACACACACACACAAUGCGAGCGCGGCAGCAAACAUUUAGCCGUUCGUAAAUAUGUCCACCGGAUGGGGGCCAUAAGCGGUGGAAUGAGAUUAAGGGAAACAAGAUCAGGCAAUCAGCGCUCAAAAAUACAGCGAAUGCACUUUCGCAACAGGAAAUGCUGUUGUGACGUGUGAAAGUGUUCGUUUUUCCUCUGCGCACAAGUGAGAAGAAAAAUCAAUUUUCGGUGGUCAUUUUCGAUAACGAAAAGCCGAUAAUAAUGGGUGGCAAUUGAGCAUAACCGACCGGUAGGGUGAAGUGUUGUUGUGUUGAUUACUUUUGCAGCGAAAUUUGUUUAACUUGCAGCCGACACUUUCGGGCCUGCGUUUGGCGAAAGUGGGGUUACGCUUUGGGUUAUCUGGCAAGAUGCCGUUUAGCAAUCAGGGAAUAAGAUUUUAAAUAGGUGUGUGCAAUAAGAAUACCUUGCUGAGUUGGUGAUCCGUAAUGUACAUGGUAAAACAAACCUUUUUUUAUUUAAAUUGGCCACAAGCGCAAGCAUUUCUCAUUCCGUGAAAAAAAAAAACUAAGAGUUGUAAAAAGAUAAUCGUGUAUGGUAGAAGCAAAAAAACAAAGCCGGUGUCGUCUCGUAACGAGAUUGAAAUUAUUUAUUAGCGAUAGUUGAAUCUGAAGAGUUUUCAAUAUUUUCAGCUCUUGUUUUCAACGUUUUCUUUUCGACCGUGUAGCUGUGUAAGGCUUUCCGCGCUGUGUAAUGUCUCCUCACCGGGACAAUGCUCGCGUGUACUGUGCCAUUUGCGAUUUUGCUUCGUAGAAAAGAGGUCCGGCGAUGUUAAUCUUAGUUGUCCUAUACUCCAAACGGCUCUUGUCUUAGGUGGUAAGCCUAGCCGUCCUGUGUUGGAGUGUGUCGAAAAAACAGUACUGAAUAAAGUUAAUAAUGCUUGUAGUAAGAGUGUAGAUGAAACUGCAAACCUGUACUCUGUGCCUGUUAAACCGUAGCUUGUAGUGUUCGCAAUCAUACUAAUUUUGUAAAUAAGUUUGAGCAGGAUGAGCAGGCGAUAGCGCUCUGUACGAUACGCGAUUUUGUAUGUUAAAACAGUGGCAGGCUUAAGAAACUUACUAGCAUAAUAAAAAUGUAUGAAAAUUUA